CCUCUAAUUUGCAUACAAGAAUGAGGUGCCGCUUGGCUUCCAUGGGCCUAAUUUAGAUGGGGCAGUGCUUCUGCUCCUUAACCGAAAGCGGGAUACAGAAGACGACGGUGUCAGGGGCCUCUGUAGGGUAAAACAUGUUUAUUUUGCGUUCAACGAGAGCCUCUGCAUUGCAGCUAUUUUGCAUAUAAUUUGCAUCUUACGUAGUCUUUGUGGCAAAAAAAACAAAAAACAAAAAACUGGGCGUGCGCCGUAGCAAUCUCCUGCUAAGACGCUUCCGGUAGCAGCGCGUGACCGGACAGGUCUUUCACCUACCUACCUCGGCUCCCUUAAGCACGAGAAGUUCCGGCAAGUUCACCACUUCCGGUUCUUCUAGCCAUCCAAUAGCAUUGAGUGGCGCAUCCUCGGAAGUGACGCAAGCGGAGGACGACCUUCUUCCGGUUCCGGCCUGGAGAAAGCUCGUGAGGAGACAUGAAACUGCUCACCCACAAUCUUCUGAGCUCGCAUGUGCGAGGGGUGGGGCCCCGAGGCUACCCCCUGCGCCUCCAGGCCACGGAGGUCCGCAUCUGCCCCGUGGAGUUCAACCGCGAAUUCGUGGCGCGUAUGAUACCCAAGGUGGAGUGGGCGGCGUUCCUGGAGGCGGCGGAUAACUUGCGCCUGAUGCAGGUGCCUAAAGGGCCGGUUGAGGGGUAUGAGGAGAAUGAAGAGUUUCUGAAGACCAUGCACCACCUGCUGCUGGAGGUGGAAGUGGUGGAGGGCACCCUGCAGUGCCCGGAGUCUGGACGUAUGUUCCCCAUCAGCCGCGGGAUCCCCAACAUGCUGCUGAGUGAAGACGAAUCUGAGAGUUGAUUGUGCCAGGAGCCAGUUUUUUUUGUUACGACGGUGUGUAUUUUUGUUGCGUAUCCCCAACCCUUGACACAGUAACACACCAAACACACAGUGCUCUUGAGCUCCAUAGUAUAUAUUUUUUUCUCAUUAAAGGUUCAAAACCAAAA